CCUCCCGCCCAGUCUGAUGCCCGUCCCGCCUUGCCAUGAGUCUAUGAGCCCGCUCCGGAUCAGCGUGGGUGGCCUGCCUGUCCUCGCGUCCAUGACCAAGGGUGCUGACCCCCGCUUCCGACUGCGCUGGAAGGCCAUCGUGCUGUCGUCAGCCUGCGUGGGGUUUGUGCUGCUGCUCUUCUGCCUGCACCGGUCCUCCCCUGCACGGCCUGUGCCUCCCCAUCCUCGCAACUGGCAGCUCAGCCUGCGGGCCGGGGACCGCUACAAUGACACCUACCCGCUGUCCCCACCCCAGAGAAACCCCGAGGGUGUGCGCUACCGCAUCGGAGUCAUCGCGGACCUGGACACGCAGUCCCGGGACUCUGAGGAGCACACCUGGUUCAGUUACCUGAAGAAGGGCUACCUGGUGCUGUCGGACAGUGGGGACAGCGUGACGGUGGAGUGGGACAAAGAUGAGAGUGUGCUGCGGUCGCAUCUGGCUGAGAAGGGCAGGGGCAUGGAGCUCUCCGAGCUGGUCGUCUUCAACGGGAAGCUGUACGCUGUGGAUGACCGAACAGGAGUGGUCUACCAGAUUGAGGGCAACAAGGUGGUGCCCUGGGUGAUCCUCCCAGACGGGGAUGGCACAGUGGGGAAAGGCUUCAAGGCAGAGUGGCUGGCAGUGAAGGAUGAGCGCCUCUACGUGGGGGGACUGGGCAAGGAGUGGACCACAACGACGGGGGAGGUGGUGAACGAGAACCCCGAGUGGGUGAAGGUCAUUGGCUACAAGGGUGAUGUGGGCCACGAGAACUGGGUGGCGAACUACAAUGCGCUGAGGGCGGCAGCAGGGAUCAGACCCCCAGGUUACCUGAUCCACGAGUCGGCCUCCUGGAGCGACACGCUGCAGCGCUGGUUCUUCCUGCCGCGCCGCGCCAGCCACGAGCGCUACAACGAGAAGGCAGAUGAGCAGCGAGGCACCAACCUGCUGCUGAGCUCCACCCAGGACUUUGGGGACGUGACGGUGGGACGCGUGGGAGACGUGGUCCCCACCCACGGCUUCUCCUCCUUCAAGUUCAUCCCAGACACAGAUGACCUGUUCAUUGUGGGGCUGAAAUCGGGAGAGGACAAAAAAAAAACGGAAGAGGACAAUGGAAAGGUUGCCAGCUACAUCAUGGCUUUCACACUGGACGGGCGCUUCCUCCUGCCUGAGACCAGGAUUGGGAGCGUAAAAUACGAGGGCAUUGAGUUUAUUUAACCGACUU